CAGCUUCCAUUCAGGCAUUUGGUUGGCCAGCUUCGGGCCCUUCCUCCUUUUCCUCAUCCCUGAGAGGCUGAUGCCAAGAUGAACGACACAGUGACAGUCAGAACCCGGAAGUUUAUGACAAACCGGCUGCUUCAGAGGAAGCAAAUGGUUGUUGAUGUCCUCCAUCCGGGCAAAGCCACAGUCCCUAAGACUGAGAUCAGGGAGAAACUGGCCAAAAUGUACAAGACCACCCCCGAUGUGGUGUUCGUCUUCGGCUUCAGGACACAGUUUGGUGGCGGCAAGACGACGGGUUUCGCCAUGGUCUACGACUCUCUCGACUACGCUAAGAAGAACGAGCCCAAGCACAGACUGGCCAGGCACGGUCUCUAUGAGAAGAAGAAGUCCUCCAGAAAACAGCGCAAGGAACGCAAGAACAGAAUGAAGAAAGUACGAGGCACCAAGAAAGCCAGUGUGGGUGCUGCUGGCAAAAAGGUAACUUGGCUGUUCCCCCUAUGGUGCAUUCCUCUUGUUCUAGUAUGGGUGCGUCUCAAUAGUCACAAUUUUACACAAGCUGCUUUUGUUGUCUUUCCUCUGCUUUGAUUUGAAAACGCAGUGGGUGAUUUGAAAACGCAGUGGGUGAAUGUGUAAUGGUGAAUGGCUACAAGAUGUAUGUACAAGAUGUAUGUUUUCACCCAAGAGAACUUCAAAUCUGUGCGGGUGGAAGAGGCAGUUUAAGACUAUUGAAACACCCCAAGUGCCACUUCAUUCUUAUUAAUUAUUCAUUACAUGCAUAUCUUUUCCACUUCCUAAGUCUUAGUUUUGUCUUUACUUAUGUGUUCUUACUGUUUUAAUGAGUCAUCUUUUUCUCUCGACAACUGUUCUUUGGGACUGUAGAAGGUAAAUGUUUUCAUCAGUAGACUAACUGCUGUGUGUAGAUAAUGCUACUGUAGUCUUCCUAGCUGACUUCAUCCCAAUACUCCCUUUUAUAUAACCAAAAAGGCUACUGCCUUUUUACAUGUGGAUUUCUUUCAUGUCCACAUUGGGUUUCAGUUUAGUCCCCUACCAGUUAGAAUGAGCAGCUAGGUAUUAACUCAUGACCCUAAUUUUGGUGAGUGUGAACUGAACACUAAUAGUGGUUUAGAUCCCAAGUUAAACCAUAUUGUGUGGUCUUAAGACUCAAGAGUAGAUCGCCAACUGGAUCACUGAAAGACUAGAAACUAGAGCCGUUUCUCAAUUCAUUCCUGGACGACCCCAAUGGAGAACAUAUGUUUGUUUUAAUCCAGCACUAACACAUAAUUCAACUAGUCAAGUCUUAGUGCUGGGUUAGAACACAAAUAUACACCCCCCAAGAAUGGAUUGAUAGACUUUCUAGAAGCUGCAUUUGUGUGUUUUUAUCGAAAUGCCCUCAUCUAGUGCUCAGCAUUCAGUUUGGAUUGUAUUCUUUUCCUGGGUGGAGUUGACUGAAUUUUGUAAUUCAUCUUCAGUGCAAAUCUUAUCCCUUUCAGGGGUCUACUCUAUAAGUAAAGUAUUUAAGUAAAAUAGCUUAACAUUAUUUUCAUCCUUUUGCCUUUCUUUUGCCUCCUGUGGAUUUCUUUUACAGAAAUGAGGUCUGUUCCAGGUAUAAAGCAAAGCGGGCAUGGCGUGCUGUUAUUCAUGUGUUGAAAUGAACAUUUACUCCUAUAUCCUGGUAGCACUAGUUGAGACCGGUCUCUGCAUGUCUCACCUGUAGUCUUUCCACAACCUUUUAUCUACCAAUACCAACCUUCCCUCUUCAACCCACCCUAUUUCCCUAAACUCCUAAAGUUACCAUGGCUGGUGGUACUUAUACUCUGACAAAUAAUCUUAUAUCCACUAACGUCAUAUCAACUUAAAGAAACACUAAAUUACACUACUACUUUGCUUCUAAAGGUUACUAUUCUUAUUCUGCUGUUAAACUAUUACAUCUUUGUAUUUGUCAACCGCUGAGUAGGGUUAUGCUAACAUGCAGUACAAGCGGUGGCCUCCGGUCGUGUAAUAAAGCAAGUCUAGAGUGAUUCAUUGGAUAAUAAGUUCUAACCAACUACUGUCUGUGUGAGACAACUGAACCACAUGUCCACUUAUACAACUUUUCUGAAACGUUAACCUUCAUAGUUUCAUUUAGGAAUGUAUUUCAUUUAAUGUAAUCUUUUAAAUAUAUUUUGAUGUUUUAUUAUACUAGACUGCCAAAUAAAUUGGUAUCUUCACUGAGCUGAAAAAUGUAAGAUGCACUAUGCAGAAAUUGCUCUGCCAUUACCUGGUUGCUAAAAUUCUAAGUUUGCCUACUUUCAGUUUGUGACAACAAGCAAGUAUUGUUGAAUCAUCGUACCAUCUAAACCGCUGUGAAAUAUAUUUUCCAUAAACAUAAAAUAUUGUAUUUUCAGCCGUUUGAAGCUGGUGUACAAAACCAAAAGUGAGACACAAAAACCAAACUUAAGAAUGGGAAGCAUUGAAAUAAUGCACAUAGAACAGAUCUACUGCUUCUUAGACUUGCUUUCAAUGACGGACCUAUAACAAAUUUCUGUGAUUUUGGAUGGUUGCCCAAAAAGUUUCAUUGCUGCUUUAUCUGUAAUUUUGCAGUUGAAAUUUGGAUGCAUUUACUAUAAGAAAUGUGUAGGUUGAGCCCACGUCCCUAGCAAAUGCAUCUGUUCCCACGCCCAAUUUCAAUACUAUUACCCUCCCUCAGCCCAAAAAUGAGUUGACCCCCCCCCCCCUUGAGUAUAGUGGUGGCUAGAUAAAUAGUGAACUUCUGUUUUGCAGAUGAACUAACUUCCCUUCCUCUGUUUUCCUACAGUGAGCCCGGAGAAUCAGGGAUGGUCCUCGUGCUCAAGAUGUUCUUGUAUAUUGUCAUCAAAUAAAACGUUUGUAAAAGUCA